UCUGGCCUGAAGUCGUGUUCCGGCUGCUUUGAUUGGGUCGUUGGUGGCCACCUGGAAGGUGAGCGGCUGGGGACACCUGGUGGUCACUUGGUCCUUCCCAAUCCUAACCGAAGAGUGAGGGGCCGAAUAAGGACUUGUUCAACUUGCGCCUGGGAAGGGCUUGUUCCAUUUCUUAGGUCGGAGGGUUUUUGUCCCUUUUCUUGUGAAGUGGCAGAAGCCGGGGGUAACUUCGAGGUUAGGCAUGGGCCUGUUGGCCGCUGCGUUCUUCCUUUCUCCUUCCUGCUUCAGGAGCCAGUGCCUAACAGAGUCUUGACCUGCUAGAAGGGAGCAUGGAAGUUAGGUUGUCAAACAUCCGAAACGCAUGCUCCUCUGUCAUUCUCGAGGAAACAUUUGACUUGCGGGUUGUUUCCGAAAGUUGGGCUCCUUACAGGUGAUUUGAGAAAACCCAGUCGCAAUGGGAGUCCAGGGACUUUGGAAGCUGCUUGAAUGUUCGGGAAGACAGAUAAAUCCAGAAACGCUGGAAGGAAAAAUUCUUGCUGUUGAUAUUAGCAUUUGGUUGAAUCAGGCACUUAAAGGAGUCAGAGACAGACAUGGAAACUCAAUUGAAAAUGCCCAUCUUCUCACUUUGUUUCAUCGACUUUGCAAGCUGUUAUUUUUCAGAAUUCGUCCAAUUUUUGUUUUUGAUGGAGAAGCACCACUGUUGAAGAAACAGACUUUGGCUAAGAGAAGACAAAGAAAAGAUUUGGCAUCCUCUGACUCCAAGAAAACUACAGAAAAACUUUUGAAGACAUUCUUAAAAAGACAAGCUAUCAAAACUGCUUUAAGAGGCAAAAGAGAUGAAGUACUUCCUAGUCUUACCCAAGUUCAAAGAGAAGAUGACAUAUAUGUUUUGCCUUCAUUACAAGAGGAGGAGAAAAAUAGCUCAGAAGAGGAAGAUGAAAAGGAAUGGCAAAUAAGAAUGAGUCAGAAACAAGCAUUACAGGAAGAGUUCUUUCGUAAUCCUCAUGCCAUAGAUGUUGAGUCAGAAGACUUCAGUUGUCUACCACCAGAAAUAAAGCAUGAAAUCCUGACUGAUAUGAAGGAAUUUACUAAGCGAAGAAGAACAUUGUUUGAAGCAAUGCCUGAGGAGUCCAAUGAUUUUUCAGCGUAUCAACUCAAGGGCUUGCUUAAAAAAAACAACUUGAACCGACACAUAGAAAAUGUACAAAAAGAGAUGAAUCAACAGCAUUCAGGCGAGAUCCAAAGACAAUAUGAAAAUGAUGGGGGUUUUAUGAAGGUUGUGGAAUCAAGGAAAGUAAUUUCUGAGGAUACUUCUCAUUACAUCUUGAUAAAAGGCAGUCAAGCUAAGAAAGCUGAAGAAAUGGAUACUAAAUCAGUUCUUCCUUCUUCUAGUAAAAUGUGUGGCCCGCAUCCAUUUGAUGCAAAGUCAUUGUCAUCAUUUGAGGAACUGAAAACAGAGAAAGACACUUACACUGAUGCAGCAGCCCCUCCUUCUCCAAGGACUCUAUUAGCUAUCCAGGCCGCCAUGACAGAAAGUAGCUCAGAAGAAGAGCUGGAGAAUGAAAAUGAAAAGCAGUUCAGUAUGAAGAAAACACAUACCUCUACUACAGUCGAUGAAGGCUCUUUAUCACCUAGAACUCUAUUAGCAAUUCAAGGAGUUCUUGAUGAUGAUGAUGAUGAUGACGUGAAAAAUGAUAGGAAAAACUCUCAGAAUGGAGUGUCAGAAGUUAAAGAGAUUCUUAUAAAUAGGUCCAAAGAGGAAGACGAGUUCCUUAAAGUUAGAGAAAACAAAGGAAUACAAUUGGCAACAGUGUCUCAUUCAGAAAAUAUGAUACUUGCACAAGGAGAUGAAUGCAGCAUUAAGAAUGAACACACAUCUGUACCUGAAACUCAUUCAUCAAAUAUUGUCCUUUUGGGAAAGGAUGAAUCUGUUGUUAUAGAAGAACCCUCAUCACUAAGUCAUUCAGCAAAUGCAGUCUUUAGGCCAAGUGUUAAAUCUGUUUUUAAGGAUGAAAAAGAACUAGUUCUUACAACUCAUUCAGAUAGCACAGUUAAUAUAGAUAUUGGUAAAUCUGGGGUUGAGGAUAGAAAAGACCCCAAAGUGACAACUCAAUUGACAAGUAUAGUUUUUAUAUCUGAGGAUAAAGAAAAUCCCAUGAUUCCUGAAUUAGAAAAGGAUAUUUUCAUAUCCCCAAAUAAGUGUGAUUCUUCUGUUUUGGUUGUUUCAACUGAUAAGGAAAUACAGGAUAAAAAAAAUCAACGUUCUGAAAUUGAAACUAACUCUUUCCAAGAAGUGAAUGUCUUAGAAUCAGUAAAUGCCCCUUUGAUCGCAGGUAGUCAUCUUUCUAUGGCAAAAACUGUAGCAAGCUGUAAGCACAGUGAGCAUGAGAAUUCACAGAAAACUCUACAAGAUAGUGAAAAGAAUGAAUCUUUAGCUCAGGAUUUAAUUUCAGCAACACCAGAGACUGUGGCAUUAACAAAAAUGGACUCGGAAGAGAGUGAAUCUGAUGGUGGUUUCAUUGAAGUAGGCGAUGAAAGUAGUAGUGAUGAACUUCAGGCUGACUUACACGAAGUAUUCAAACCUCUCACUGAGCAUGGGGAAGAGUCCGUUACUGAAGAGGAGACUACAGACACUGAGAGAAAAGGAGCUAUUGGGGCCACUGAAAACCUCCUAAGAGACUCUCUGGAAAGUGUGGAGUCAGCAGAGCAGCCAGAGGAAGAGAUUGAAAAAGAAACAGAUGACAUGAUCAAUGAAUGGCAAGAUAUUAAUUUGGAGGAACUGGAAGCUCUGGAGAACAAUCUUUUAGUUGAACAGAAUUCACUGAGAGCUCAAAAACAGCAACAGGAACGGAUUGCUGCAACUGUAACGGGCCAGAUGUUCUUGGAAAGUCAGGAACUUUUACGAUUAUUUGGCAUUCCUUACAUUGAGGCUCCUAUGGAGGCAGAAGCUCAGUGCGCCAUUUUGGACUUGACUGAUCAGACAUCUGGAACAAUCACUGAUGAUAGUGAUAUCUGGCUUUUUGGAGCACGGCAUGUGUAUAAAAACUUCUUUAGUAAAGACAAGUUUGUAGAAUAUUACCAGUAUGUAGACUUUCACAACCAACUAGGAUUAGACCGGAGCAAACUGAUUAAUUUGGCCUAUUUGCUUGGAAGUGAUUACACAGAAGGGAUACCAACUGUUGGCUGUGUGACGGCCAUGGAAAUUCUCAAUGAAUUUCCUGGACGUGGCUUGGAGCCUCUCUUAAAAUUUUCAGAAUGGUGGAAUGAAGCUCAAAAGACUAAGAAAAUAGGACCCAAUCCCCGUGACACCAAGGUGAAAAAGAAAUUGCGACAAUUGCAACUUUCUCCUGGUUUCCCUAACCCAGCUGUUGCAGAAGCUUACCUGAAACCUGUGGUGGAUGACUCAAAAGGAGCAUUCUUAUGGGGAAAACCAGAUCUUGAAAAAAUUAGAGAGUUUUGUCAGCGUUAUUUUGGCUGGAACAGAACAAAGACAGAUGAAUCUUUAUUACCUGUACUAAAACAGCUGAAUGCACAUCAGACACAGCUCCACAUUGAUUCUUUCUUUAGGCUGAUACAACAUGAGAAACAACAUGUUAAAGGAAUUAAGAGUCAGAGACUCAACAGAGCUGUGACAUGUAUGCUCAGGAAAGAAAAGGAAGAAGAAGCUGGUGAAAUAGAAGCAGCUACUGCUGCCAUGGAGAGAGAAUUUAAAUCAUUUGAAAAAACAGAGGACAAAAAUGGGAAGAAAAACAUAGAAAAUAAAUUGGAAAAACCUCAAAAUUUAAAAAGAAAAGUGCUUUCCAGUGCCAAUCAGGAGAAUAAAUGUGGUGGAGGUGGCUUUGUUGGGGAAGCCUAUUUCUCAGAAUCAUUUGAAGUAUCUUUAGGAGAAGAUUCUGAAAGUACAUCUUCAAACAAGGUCAAGAGGGGAAAACCUGCCAAGCAGUCAAAUACUGUCUCUUCAGGUUUUCAGGAGAUAACACAACAUAAUCCUGAGAAGAAUGAAGAAGGGACUAGCAGCUCCAGUGAUGAAGAUGGAAAAGGGACACAAAUUGUUAUGGUGACUGCUAGAUCUGUGUUUGAGAAGAAAAAAAAAGGGAGACAAAGAAAUGUGAGGGGCAAGAAAAGGAAAACAUAACUUACCUAUCUUACUGUUUGUAGCUGUGAAAACCACACUGGGGAUAGAUAAGGGGCUGGUCUCAGGUUCAGGAUGACCUGCCUGGAUUCCAGUCCUGUCUCUGGUACAUAUUGACUGUGUGACUCUAGGCAAGUCAUUGAACUUCUUGGAGUCCCAGGCAACUAUUGAACACGCAGUUUUAGAAUAAUUGCUGGUCUGCGUUGGUAGAAGAAUCUUCUUUACCAAAAGCUACUUGUAAUGCUCAUGAAAUCACAGGUCUGGAUCUAGUUAGGUAUAUCUGUAUUUAUGAAGAGAGAAAUCAGGUAUAAUAAAAUUUUCUAAUGAAUUUGUUACAGAGAGAAAAUAAAAUCCAACA